AGCGCUACACCCGUCGGUGUGUCAGACACGGAUCCACCAGAAGUUUUGCGCCUGACCUCGAUCAUCUCGCCCAGAGUAUCAAAUCUGCGCCAAAACCCGACAAGUUUACGGUUCUUCUGGGUUAUGGAACUGGAUAAAAUGGACGAAAACGACUGGAAAUAUCACGGGGAGGGGAACAAGAGCCUGGUCGUGUCUCAUUUGCAGCACUGUCGAGUUCUCCGUCUGUUAAAGUUUCCCUCUGAAGACUCCGCACACACACGACAGACCGCAGAACAAGCUUUUCGACACAUCCUCAACAUUGUGGAUUAUAGUAAAUAUGUCAUGAAGCCUUUGCUGGGGGAGGAAUACGUUCACAGUGGAGAGGUUGUCAAACUACCGCUGGACUUUGUGAGACAGCUAUCGCUGAAGGUCCAACAAGAACGACCUGAACUGCGCUGUGACAAGGUCAUGGACACAUUCAGCGGGUGUGGUUUAUGCCUUCCCAACCUGACCCAACUCCCCCUCCACCACCUCAGAGACCACAGACCGCCAAUAUGCGUCGAAAUAAAGCCAAAAUGUGGAUUUCUACCCUUUUCAAGACACAUAACCAAGGAAUGCAAACGCAAGGUUUGCAGAUUCUGCAUGCAUCAGCAUUACAAGUUAGCCAAUGGGAAGUGGAAGCGAUUGAGCAGAUAUUGCCCCCUGGAUCUCUUCUCGGGGAGCAAACAGCGAAUGUACGUUGCUUUGAAGAAUCUGUUAGAGGAACCACAAAACAACUUGAAAAUCUUUAAGGGCGGAGAGUUGAUAUUUAGUUGUAAAGAUGACGCCAAGCAGCAACCCGACUUGAAUGAUCUCAUUCAGCACCUUCGGCCUUAUUUCCCCCAUAGUAAUGGCCUCUAUAAUGGCCACCAGCCUGGCAAAGCCGUCCUCAAUGAUUUCAUUCAGGUGAUCUGCUCCUCCCUGCUCAGCGGCGGGGACUCGAAUCGCUCGGGAGAGCCCAGGAAGAUGCACCUAUCCGAAAGCAGGCCGCACUGUGAUGCAAGUCCCUUCCCAAGAGACCUGCUCCGCAACGGUAACCAUGGCCUCCCUAAAGACAGUGUCCUUUCAAAAAUCCUCCAAGUUCAGAUGCUGGAUAACCUGGAUAUUGAAGGAAUCUACCCUCUGUACAAACGUGUGGAGCAGUAUCUAGAAGAGUUCCCGAAAGAAAGAAACCGACUGCAGAUAGAUGGGCCUUAUAAUGAGAGUUUCAUGGACACACUUAAAAACUGUCCUACUGAGGAUGACGGCUCUGUAGAAUAUGCAGUUGGGAAGGUUCAUCAGUAUAGAGUUGCAAUGACCGCCAAAGACUGCUCAAUCAUGAUCGCGUUUGCACCAUGCGAUGAAGACGAGGAACACCAGUUGAAUUUGGAGAAGCCUCGUUUUACGUAUUCCGUCUCCAUCCUUGAUCUAGACCCCAAACCAUAUGAAGGCAUCCCUCACCAGUUCAAGCUGGACACCAAAAUCGUCAACUACUACCUGCGGAGCACGCAAGCUCCGCCCCCCUCCAGCCUAUAUAAGGAAAGGCAGGAGUGCACGCUGCUCUUCCAUGCUGUAUGAGACACCUCCACGAGUGCUGCUUGGGAAAUACGUAGAAGAGAAGUUGAAAUAGUGAAUAGUUUUGUUCUUUUUGUUUGCUAGUUUGUCUAGCUGUUUGCCCUCCCACUAUGUUCUGCGACGUGAAGUUGGCAGCGACGGCGGCAUUUGUGGGCUGUUGCUGGGACGACCUUUUGUUUUUCUUUUUAGAUGGUGAUGUUCUCACUGGGGCUGGUCUCCUAAAGCACAGAAUACCUGAAUGAGUCAGUCAUUGGCUGUAAAAAGGGAGGACAAGGAGGUUGUGUGUGUGCGCGCGUGUGUUUUUGUGCAGUGCUGUUGGGUGUUUCUCUCACACAGCAGCGCUACUGUGGUUUCCAAGUGCCAAAAGUGGCUUACAGCGAUUUUCCCUAAUGAACGUUUUACCGUGCAUCAGCUUGGCCGUGUCGGCAGUCGCUGUACAGGCAGUUCAAACACAGACAAGUACUUGAGUUUUUAGCAAAACUACAUCAAUAGAGCUCCUCAAACCACUGACCCAUGGUGAGCUACAGUAGCAGAAGUUAUACUGACGAGCACAGACCUGUUGCAUGCUAGUGAAUGCGGUUGCGCUAACACUGUCACUACCCAGAAGAUUAGCUUUUAUGAAUUAGAAGACAAAACUAAUGAUAUUACUCACUAAUAAAAGUGUAUUUUUAUAAAGCACGCUUGCCUUGCGUAACAGUCUACCACCAUAUACAAAUCGAAGUGUCUUAUUAAAGAUUAGUUUGCACUAAAUAAACAUUUGGCCAUUGUUUACUCACCCUCAUGUAACUGCAAAUCUAAUCAAAAUGGCUGAAGAAACUUUAUGCAGCUCGGCAGUUCAUUCUAACUUGGUGUUUUGUCUGAAUUGGACAAAACACUGUUGGGUGUUGAGCAUGUAGUAACUGAACGAACGACAUUUUUGAACGCAAAUUUCAAAUUUUAAGUGCGUUGUUCACUCAAUACUUGUAGAAGACUUGAAAUAUAGUGCACGAGUUGUAUGGACUACAUUUAUGGUGCUUUUCAUUGGAACUUCAAACAUGUGGAAAAACCUCAGUUUACCGACAUGAAGGUGUGUAAAUAAUGAUUGAAUUUUCAUUUUUGGAUGAACUACUUCUUUAAAGCUAGUCUAUCAUCUCAAACACCACUAUUUUUUUCCCGGAAAAACUGUAAAAUGCAAAAUCAGCUGUGCCUGUCCAUCUACAUCUGCUCUGUCUUUGAGUUUGACAUUAAUACGCUUAGUUGUCAUCUGUUUUGAAAUCGCAGACUAGAAAACAACCAGAGGAAUUCAAUCCCAGCAGCUUAAACACUACUACAGCUAUGUUUGGCCUGAGUUUUAAAGGCCAUAAUUGUUUGCAGAGCCAGACGUAUUUCAUAAGACGGCCAAAGAUGGACAGCAUGGCAGUUAUUGUUAGCACAAUACACAAGGUGAUCCAGCAGUUUUUCAGAAAAGCAGUAUAUUGCUGUGCCACAGAUAUGGCGGUGUUGAUUUAACGUUGUGUGCAUGUUUGGCGCCUUUUACCGAAAAACCAUCCACAGUGAGACUGUUGAUGCAAAUUUUACUGUGCGACUUCAACACUAAAGAUGGCACCUCAUGGUUGCCAUUUUCUCGUCAUGGGGAAUAUUACUGUUACAAAAUACUGUGGCGUGAGUGAUACUCAUGCUUCUGUUUACCUCUUUUACCGUGAUGUUGACUGCGUCGGCUUGCUUAACUCAAAGCCGUCAGUGCAGUUCUCAUCAGGUGAAAAGUGUUUGAGUUUUACAUGGAUGAACAUUCAACAAUGCCAAACUGUGUUCACACUCCCUUUUGUCUUAAUGUGAACUGGUGUCAACAGAAGUAUUAUUCGCCUUACUCAUGAGUGAAUGCGCUUUCAUUGUCCGACCGAUGGCGUUUGUUUGACUGUCAUGUUGCUCAGUUUUGAUGUGUUAUGAUGUAUCUGAUUAAGUGCAGUUUCUCCACACCAGACAUUGCUGUAUUCGCCUUAGGUUUAACAACAUCUUCCCCUUUUGAACCACUGAACCAGAGAUAUUACGAGUCUGAGGUGGUGAAAUUGUGUUAUUCUAAUAAAAUAAAGAACUGUAAUCCCUAUGUAAGAUAGAAAUGGAAAUUAAUUCUAUUAAGCAAGAAGAGAAAGGAAGAUCACAGUUUCUGUGAUGAAAUCUAAUGUUAAAAUUUAACUAUUUGAAAAUACAAAGUGGAUUUUGCUGUCAGACAUUUUGUAUUUAAAAUUAUUUAUUUUUCUAGCUCUUGUCUAAUGAUGUAUAUUUCCAUACAGUGGGCAUAUCAUGUGUAAAAAUGAUUGACACAGAUGGCAUCAAUAUGUAGUUCCUAACGGGUGAUUGUACAGGUGUUUAUAUGAAAUAAAAUGAUUAGAUAUGAAGUUCUGAUGACACGAA